UUGCUGCCUCUCAUAACUCUCCUCCUUCUUCAUCUUUAGAUUUUCUGAGAAGAUUUCUCUAAUCACAAAACCCAAAUCCUAAUUAAGAGAAAUGGUUACCCCGGGUGAUAAGAGAGUACUACGUUCAAGAACCGGCCUAAGGCCGAUCUACACCACGGAUGAUAUGGACGAAGGCAGCUACACCACGGACGAUAUGGACGAAGACAGCUACACAUCGGAUGAUAUGGACGAAGGCGGCUACACAUCGGAUGAUAUGGACGAAGACAGCUACACCACGGAUGAUAUGGACGAAGACGGCUUCGAUCAAGAUAAAGAACAAGUUGAAGAGAAAAGUGAAGAGGUUUGUCCUCUAAAAGACAUUGAAAAAGUUUUGGACCGUGACUUUCGACUUAACGAUCCGGAUUCAAGCCAACUUUUUGUGAAACAAUAUCUUCUAAAGUGGAAGGAAUCCUCAUACCUACACUGCUCUUGGGUGGACGAGGAGGAACUCGAGAAAGCUCACAAGGCACAUCCUCAAAAACAAUUAAAGGCAAAGGUGGACAAACUUAACGCUAGGAUUGACGAUAACAUGUUGAGUCACGACGAAGAUGAGUUGAUUGCUCUUCCUCCUGAGUGGACAACUGUUGACCGGAUUCUUGCUUGCCGGGAAGAAGAAGAUGGGAAGAAGUAUCUGGUAAAGUUCAAAGAACUUUCUUAUGAUAAAACUUACUGGGAAUCUGAAUCAGACAUCUCAGCGUUCCAGAACCAAAUUCAAAGGUUUAAGGAUAUAAACUCUGCCACUCGUAGAGAGAACAUCAUCGAAAACGUGGGAAACCAAGUGGAAUUCAAACACUUCGAUCAUACUCCUGAAUUCCUUAAUGGCUCACUACAUGAGUACCAACUUGAAGGGCUAAAUUUCUUGAAGUAUUCAUGGUUCCAGGGAACCAAUGUAAUCCUUGCGGAUGAAAUGGGUCUAGGCAAAACAAUACAAACUAUUGCCUUCUUAGCUACUCUGUUGGAGGAAAACCAAGCUCCUCAUCUGGUUGUUGCUCCUCUCUCAACCCUCCGUAACUGGGAGAGGGAAUUUUCCACCUGGACUCCACAGCUCAAUGUUGUUAUGUACACUGGGAAUUCCGAAGCACGUCGUGUCAUAAGGGAACAUGAGUUCUACUUCCCUGAAAAUAAGAAAGUUUGUAAACUCGAUGUCCUCCUCACAUCGUAUGAGAUGAUUAACAGCGACACAACAUAUCUGAAACCAAUCAAGUGGAACUGCAUGAUUGUUGACGAAGGCCAUCGUUUGAAAAAUAUGAGUUCGAAGUUGUUCUCUUCACUGACGCAAUGUAAGAGUAAGCAUCGUGUUCUGUUGACUGGAACACCACUUCAGAACAACUUGGAUGAACUUUUCUCUCUUAUGCAUUUUCUUGAUGCAGCCAAGUUUGGGAGUCUCGGGGAGUUUUCAGAGGAGUUUAAAGAUAGUAUAAAUCAAGAGGAGAAGAUUUCAAGACUCCACCAAAUGUUGGCACCGCAUCUGCUUAGAAGGUUAAAGAAAGACGUGUUGAAGGGGAAACUGCCCCCAAAGAAGGAACUCAUUUUGCGUGUUGAUUUAAGCAGCCAGCAAAAACAUUGGUACAAAGCUGUUCUUCAACGUAAUUAUCAAAUCUUGGCAAAGAAAGGAGGUGGUAAAAUCUCUAACGUGCUAAUGGAACUACGGAAAGUUUGCUCUCAUCCGUAUCUACUAGAUGGCGCUGAGCCAAAAUUAGAAAACGCUGAUGAAGCUUUUAAACAACUCGUGGAAGCAUCUGGAAAAUUGCAACUGUUAGACAAAUUGAUGGUCAAACUCAGAGAGCAAGGGCAUCGAGUGCUCAUAUACACCCAAUUCCAACACACUCUAGACAUCUUUGAGGAUUACUGCAGUUAUAAGAAUUGGUCUUAUGAACGGAUCGACGGAAAGGUCGGUGGAGCUGAGAGGCAAGUACGUAUAGAUCGUUUUAAUGCAGAAUACUCCAACCGGUUCUGUUUUUUGCUCUCUACAAGAGCUGGUGCGAUAGGAAUAAACCUUGCAACAGCGGAUACAGUCAUCAUUUAUGACAGUGACUGGAAUCCUCAUUGGGAUAUUCAAGCCAUGGCUAGGGCGCAUCGCCUAGGCCAGACGGCUAAGGUAUUAAUUUACCGUAUGGUACACAGUAACAGCGUGGAGGAAAAGAUUCUAAAGAUGAGUAAACAGAAGAUGCUUCUAGAGCGUCUUGUGGUGGGUCAAUUUAAACAAUCAAAGCUUAGUCAGGACGAGCUGGACGAGAUCAUCAAGUAUGGUUCCAAGGAACUGUUCUCUGAAGCAGGGAAUGGCAAGAUACAUUAUGAUGAUGCUGCUAUCCAAAAAUUGCUUGACCGUGAGUAUAUAGAUGCUGAAGAGGGUGAUGAAGAAGAGAAUGGUUUCUUAAUGGCUUUCAAGGUGGCCAAAUUUGAGUAUAUUGAUGAAAAUGAGGAGGAUUCGGCUGCAGCAGUAGAGGAGGCACAAGCUAUAGAAAACAAUGCUGAUAGAACAAGUCACUGGGAAGAGCUGUUGAAAGACAAACAUGAGAUGCACCAAGCUGAGGAGCUCAAUGGUCUUGGAAAGAGGAAGAGAAAGUGCAAACAACAGGUGACAUAUGCUGAAGAAGAUGAUGAUGAGGCUGAUGAUGAUUAUGAGUAUGAUGAUGAUGAUGAUAUUGCUGGUUCAGAUGAUGAGAGGAAGGAAGCAGUUGAAGCCGAGCCAACUGUUGUUGAAGCAGCAGCUCCACAGAGAAACCCUAGGGGUAGAAAGCCAUACAGAAAAAGGGCUCACGGUAACUCGGAGCCAAUACCUUUGAUGGAAGGCGAAGGGAGAUCUCUCAGGGUGCUGGGUUUUAAAAAGUCUGAUAGGAAGACUUUUAUGGACACGUUUCUGAGGUACGGAGCUGGAAACUAUGAUUGGAAGGAGUUUGUUCAACCCUUAAUGCCGAAGACCUAUGACGAGAUCAAAACGUAUGGGGUAUACUUUUUGAAGCACAUUGUUGAAAACUCCGACAAAAAAUCUCCAACUUUUUCAGAUGGAGUUCCCAAAGAAGAAAUGGACUGUGAGAAGCUAUUAAUCAGGAUGACUUUUAUGAUGCUAUUAAAGGAGAAGUGUCAAUAUAUGGACGACCAUCCGACAGAACCUCUUUUCUCUGAUCACAUCAUCAAAAUGUUCAGUUUGGACUUUGGAAAACUUGCUGAGGCAGAACAUGACAGGAAGCUUCUUCGUGCUGUUUCCGAACAAGGAUAUGGCCACUGGCCAAUUAUCGUUGAGUUAGAAGGGUUAAAAGAGACUCUCUGCAAGCAACUGGGUAUCAGUUUCCCUUGCAAAACUUGGCGUGAACCUGAAGAAGAUAGCUUGCCAGAGAGUAGCCUGAAUCAGGAAACUGGUAACGCCGGAAAUAAUAAAGCUUCUUCUGCUGGUGGAACGAAGAAAAAGAAGAAACCAUCCUACACUCCUGAUUAUCAACGACUUUGCAACCAUGUAGAACAACGGGUUAAUAUGCUGGAGAAGGCGAUAAAAUAUGAGUACCAUGAAAAGAUACUGGCUGAACAGGCCGAAGCAAAAACAAAGGUGAUGGGUACGGUAGGAGCGAGCUUUGUAGCUGCAGACAAAGACAUGCUUGAACCACUGCCUAAGACGACUGAGCCAAUAAUUUCAGAAGAAACUUCAGCAGUUGCCGUUGACAACAAGCAAGGCGAGGGUAAAGAGGAAGAUGAUAUUAAGAUGGAUGCAGCGGAUAACCUCAUUAUUAUAGAUUAAUCAGAAUCAUUGUUACUUCUCAUCUCAUUAUUGUUUAGGAGUUGGCUUUAACUAAUUUUCUCAAUUUUAGCAAAGACCGAUGGGCUAAACUAAGUUACCUUUUGAAUUCGUUUGCAUGCGUUUACUAUUAUGGAACAAUCUAAUAUAAUUGCUAUCAGUUAAA